AUGGCCUCGGAAGGGGACAUGUCCAGUGCGGAGGACAGGGUCUUGUCAGUAUCUGCAUCGGCUUCCAAGAGUUCGAACCCGAAGUCUAGGACGAAGCCCAUAGCAUAUAUCGAUGAUCUCAUAUUCGAGAACCAGCGCCUGAAGGGCCAAAACGCCGGGACUCAACAUGCCGACACUCAUACUCAAGCUACCACCAUCCUCCCUGACAUCCCCGCCGUGGCAGCAAAAGAGGCCGUUGACAAUGGCAUUGCUGUCCCAGCCCCGUCACUUGACCAACGUCCAUGGUUCUUUGAUAUGAACAUCCCACACACACCCAUUCUCAUCGGCGAAGCAUCAGAUGCUGCAUUUGCUACUCGAUUUCGACAAGCAAUAGCCACUGGAGAUCAUAGCCACAUACCCAGAGUCAACUAUGCUACUGAUGAACGGCUGCUGGCGCUGUCUGACGUGGACUGCCCGUGGCCUAGCCCGGCAAGGGCUCGUUUCCUGGUCGGCGUUGCCUUGAGAUAUGUUAGCCGAUGCUAUCACAUCAUCCGCAAGAGUCUCAUCUUGGACGGGCUAGAGCAGACACUUCAGAAUCCAUCUGAAAGUGACACUCUUUUGAAGAGUAAGCUCUGGGCAUUAUUCGCUAUCGGCGCCAUGUAUUCCACACGCUCAGCGACAUCCGAGCGAGACUUCCCUGGGAUGGGCUACUUUGCAAGAGCCACAAGAGUGCUUCGUAUCGUCAGUGAGAGGCCCCGGAUUGACGUGGUUGAGCUUAGACUCUUGCUUUCAUUCUACUCGUUAGCACUCAAUCGCCGACAUACUGCAUACACCUUCGCUGGCUCCGCAACAAGACUCGCCGUCGUCAUGGGUUUGCAUCUCAACGUCCCCGAGUCCCAGCUGCGAGACGUCGCCGCCCGGGAACAUCGAAACCGGGUGUUCUGGACAGCAUACAUAUUUGACCGAAUGUGGGCAUCGAAGCUGGGUCACCCCGUCUGCAUCCAGGAUGUCGACAUCGAGGUCGAUCUUCCAUCUAAUCCUACGGUUGACGAAAGUAUCGCGGAUGAUUUUGCGGAUGCAUCAUACUUCGUUGCCAGUGUUAAACUCGCGCGAGUUCUUGGUAAAAUUGUGCCAUUGAUCUACCGCAGACGAAACCAGCAGAUGUCGCUAUCCCACCGGGUACAAGAAGCGUUGAAUGACCUUCGUGGCUGGGUUGAGGAACUGCCACCCCAGCUCCAUAUCGACCACAAAGUCACAUCAGAGAGAAUGCAAAAGCCAAUCUCCCUUCAUCUAAACUUCAAUCAAUGCGCCGUGAGCGUCACCCGUCCCAUUCUACUUCACGUCCUUCGCACCCAUGUGGCGUCGUGGGGAACAUCAUCAACUCCAGAGCCACAAAUCCCGGGAACAGCAAUGACUCUUGCCGAAGCGUGCAUUCGCUGUGCCAGACACUCAUGUCGUCUGUUGACUGAAUGUUGGAUUGACGGAUCUUUUGCAACAUUCGACUACUUCUAUACCCAGUACCUCUUCUCGGCCUCCACCAUUCUCGCCAUAUCAAGUCUUCUCAACGGCAAAGAAAGUCAAAACGAUCGAGAACAGUUCGAAGAAGCGGCGCAAUUUCUCUCCCAGCUGAGAGACAACGGCAACUUUGCUGCCGGAGAGUUCUGCCAGCAUAUCGAUGCUAUGAAAGCAAUGAUGGCUGCCGCUCAUGCUCGCCGUGGCGGAUACUCGGUGGCAGGGGACGCUUCUACACUGCUUGGCGACGCAACGGCCACUUUUGGCGAUGCGAUGAACAUCGCACAGCCCUUCACCGCUCAGAACACCACAGCCGGCAUGGCGCUUGCGGAACCUUCUUUACAAGAGUUGCUAGCACAGCCCAUCCUGGAUCUGCAAUUCAUCGACGCAUCUAUCUACAACGAUGGUGCGCAAGGGCUGUAUUGGCCGGAUAUAAGUCCAGAGACUUGGACGCCGGAUUGGACUGCAGCUUGA